GCAGACUCGAAACACUUUCGUACGAGCGGUAACUUCACAGAAAACCUUGUUCGCUCCUCCGCCUGUCGCCCACCUCAUCAUCAUCAUCAUCAUCAUCAGCCGCAGCAGCAGCAGCAGCUGAAGCAUCAUCGGCAGCAGGAUCAGUGUGAUGAGGCAGCGGAGGAGGGAGACCUUUCUGCUCUGAGACUCUGGAUCAGCCCGCAGACAGUCUGCUCACGGCAGAUCAAAAGGAGACCAGGGCCGAUUUGUAGACCUCUGCAGAGGAAGAUCGGUGGAUACGAUUGGUUUCUCAUGAUGGCUGAUGUUAUGAACUCCUUGGAGCCUGGAACGGAGGACUUCAGCGGAGGAGGAGCAGCAGGAGAUCAGGACUCGAUCUUCCCAGAAACACAUGAGAGGUUUCCGAAGCUGUCCAAGAGGCUUCCCUCCAUUGUGGUGGAGCCGAUGGAUGCGGCUGAGGUGGAGAGCGGCGAGCUCCGCUGGCCGCCAGACGACCCCGGAUCCCCAGACGCCCAAAGUGAGAGACGGAGAGUGGGCGAUCAAACCGCAGGUGAGGAGAAGUCAGAUGCCGGAGAGAAGGAAGAGGCUUCAGGGCUAGAGAUGCAGGAGUCAAACUGAACAAACCCGUAUGAAAUACACUGUUACUGUAUGUCUGUCCAGAGCUGAAUAGCAGAGCGCCUCUUGAGGACAGAACCUAACAGGAAGCUGAAAUGAGGCGGGACGGCUGACAAGCAGAUUUUGAAACGACAGCCUGUUGGGCCUGGAGCCAGAGUGGAGUCACUUUUUAUUCUUAUUUAUAUUUUACAGGUUAAAAGAUUUUACUUCUGGGGACCAAUAUUAUGUUCAUCUAGUUUCCAUCACUCUGCUUAAAAGUAGGUAAACUGUAAAGUUGUUCACUUCAGAAUGAUAAUAUAUUUAAAAAAGUGCAAUAACUCCAGGCAGCAAUAAAUACAAAGACUUUUCUUCUAAUUAGACUCUUCCUAUUCGUCCAUGUUUGUAGUUUAAAUCUGAAUCCUCUUUUCUCUGGCUCCAAGCCCUCUUCGUCCAGAUGCCCAUCAUCAUCAUCAGCACAUCUGGCGAGGGCGGAUGUCUCUAAAUGCUUUAUGAAGUAUUUAGCUCUUGUGUGCCAUAUUAUUACUUAUGGUAGCUGCUGUAUUUUGUGCAGUUUUACACUCCUUAGAUAAAAAUGACAGUUGUUGUCGCGUACUGACUGCUGUGGUAAAAACGUGGUGAUUUUGGUCUCACUAUUCAAUUUGAAUGAUAGCUUUGAAGAUAAAUAUGUAUCUUUUAUUUGAUGUUAUGCCAUUCUGUAAUAAAUUAUAUAUGUAAAUUCUG